GCCGCGCUCUGAGCACCAGCGAGGCCCGGAGGGGUGGGCCUGAGGCCACAGGGGCCUCCAUUGGUGGGACCAGGGCAUCAUUCUACCAUAGCACCAAAAUGAGUGAAAAUGAAGACCAGGCUAGUCUGGCAAAUAUGGAUAAUUUAACAGAAGGAGAAGAAUAUGAGGAUGACUUUGAAAAAGACCUUGAAUGGCUAAUUAAUGAAGAGGAGAAGGAAAACCUUGGUGAAAGAGAGACUCCUGAAAAGAAAGAAGACGACUUUGAGGGGAAAAAUGUUAAAGUCAUGGCAACCUUUGAGGAAGACCAUGAGAAAAUGGAAAACGAUCCAGAUGAGCUUUCAGAAGGAGGCAUAGAUGUGAAAGUGAAGCCCCGUGAGGAAGAAAGUUUGAUGUCUGGAUCUGACAUGAAAGAGGGAGACCAGGUUUCUGAUACUGAUAGUGAAUGCUCUAUCCAGGAAUCCAAGUUGGAAAACCAAGAGGAACUGGAUGAGGAGGUAGAUGAAGAAAUAAAGCGUUAUGUCUUGGAAAAAAUAGAGGAAGCCAACAAACUGCUGGAGAAUCAGGCUCCUGUGGGUGAAAACAGAGAGCGGAAAUUAAAAUUUAAGGAUACUUUGGUGGAUCUUGAGGUUCCUCCUCUUGAAGAUGUUGAAGUUUAUAAAGCAGACCUUGCAGGAGGAGGUGAUGUUUCAACUAAGCUGUCUCAGUUGCAUAUUUCUAAUAAAACGGGACCAGAAAGCGCAUCACUUUCAUUCCCUGCUGGCAAGAAUGAAGAACAGAAGAAUGGUAAAGUCUUAGUGGAAAAAGAUGGAAAGUUUGAGCUCUUAAGUUUACGUGAUAUUGAAAGCCAGGGCUUUUUGCCCCCAAUAAGUGUUUCUUUCACUGAUAUUGAAACCCAACGUAUGCCGCCAAAAUCCUCUCACCUCAGUUCUUCUGGCACCAUCUCUAGAAUGAAGGAAGUACGUCCAAUAAGACAAGGCAUACGUUCUUUUUCUCCUGCUGCAGAAGAGUGUGCCUUUUUGCCUAAGCCUCCGUCUAACCCUAAACAUCGUCCAAAUUCUGCUAUCAGUGCUGCAAGAGGUCUGGGAAAACGGAAGACUCCACCAAGAUCACAGUCUGCAAAUGUGCCCUUGAGAAGUUCCACUUACUGCCUUUCUCCUAGACAAAAAGAACUACGGAAGCAGUUGGAACAAAGGAAGGAAAAACUGAGGAAAGAGGAAGAAGAAAGGAAGAAAGAGCAAGAAGAACAGAAGAGAAGGGAGAAUGAGAUGGUGUUUAGAGCUUGGUUACAGAAGAAGAAAGAACAAGUGCAAGAAGAAAAGCGAAUUCGUCGUGCAAAGGAACUAGAAAACUUGAACACCAAAGAGAGAAACAGGAAUCCAGAAGAAGCGUUCAAGUUAUGGGUUAAAAAAAAGCACCAAGAACACAUGAAAGAAAAACAAAUAGAAAUUUUGAGACGGCAGGAAGAGGGAAUUACAUUUUUUCCAAGGACAGAGGAAUGCAACAGAGCUUUUAAGGAAUGGCUAAAAAGAAAGAGAGAAGAAAAGCGAGCUGAAGAACUGGCGGCUAAAGAGGCAGCAAGGCAGCUUCGAUUAGAAGCUAGAAGAGCAAAACAGAUGCAGAACAUGCACAGCAUUAGUUCGGAGCCUAGAUCUUUUCGCUUCAGAGACAAUUACAGUUGAAAAUUUGGAGGUAACCACUGAGUUCUUGGGGACAGCCCUCUUAAUUUUUAUGGCUUGAGCUACUGCUGUUUACAGCUACUGACUUUGUGGUGUUUUUAAAGCUUUCUAGCAAAUUCAACAGUCCCCUUCACCGACAAUGGUUUUGCUACUUAUUUAUAAUUAAUUUUGUUGAAAAGCCUGCUUUUAUGCACAACUCAGGGAUCUUCUUGGUUUGACCAAAUCAAAAUGAGAGCAAGAUCUGUUUGCGGGGGUGGCAAAUACAUUUCCUUUUAAAAGGCACUUUAUAUUGAACUCCACCAUGAAUUCCUGGAUGCAGGCUAUUAUUAUGUUGUGUUUUUUUUUUUUUUUUUUUUUUUUUUUUUUCUGGAUUAAUAUUGGUAUUUGCUGCUUGUGAUGAGUGUACAACUUGUGGCGUUGAAAAAUGCUUUCUGGAAUCUUUGCCACUUUCUAUUGGCUUGUGGAGCAGCUGUUCCAGCCCAACUAUUCUAACUAGGGGAAGUGGUGACUAAAGGCUAACAUGUAUGUGAACUUGCAAGUUUCUGGAACUUCUUUUCUGUGAGUCAAACUGAUGCAUUCAUAUUUAGUAAUUUGCUAUUCCAUGAAAUGAAAGAUAAUUUACAUUAUGACCUUUGCCAAUAUCAAGGAAGCUGAAUUCUUUGUGUACAUUUCCAUGUUUGCUACAUUUAUUGAAAUAUACCACCACCUUGAUAUUGGGAACUCGUGAUAGAGAAUAUGCUGAAAUGACUGAUGAAAUCAAAGUUAUCUGUGGGGAACACAGGGUGUGAAAUGAGCUGUAUUAAAUCCAAAAUUGUAACUUGUAAGCAAAGAAAAUUUAUUAUGUUCUUCAUGCAAACCAAAGCAUGCCCAAGAAAGCAAGAACUUGUAACUUGCUAAUUCUGUUUGUAGUAUGAGACUUAAAA